ACAUACUAUAUCUUGUGUUGGUGACUAAAGCGAAGUUUGUAAGACCCCAGCGGUCUGGCCACUGCUGAGCAGUACUUGCAUGGUGCAGAGGUUUCCUUUUGUCUGUUCUCCUCCCCCUGCACCUCCAUAUCAUCCCAUAAAUUAGCUGCCAGCGCACAUGACCACGGGAUAGGACAUAGUUUAGGACAGGGGAUCCCAGCAAGUGAGAGGGAUGUUCUGUAUUGUAUGAUGUGCUCGGCAGUAAAAGUUGAGCGAAAGGCGGUGGGGGACGUUUAAAGUUGUAGUUUGUGUGUCUUCCCAAGGGAUUUUUCAACGUGCUGAGGGCCAUAUUUUCCAGGAAGGAGCCUGUCAAUAGGAACUAACUAAAUGUAUUAUUUUCCAUUGCCUGUGCCUGCAGCUUUGUCUCUGCUGUGAGACAAGUUUACUAUAAUCCCCAUGUUUUCAGCUUUUCUUUUCCCACGUCCUCCUGGUCCUGCUGGGAAAGCGCUUUGUCCCGCUGACCCUGCCACAGGUUCCAUAAGCUCCUUGCACUGCCCCUCUAAGCAUAUAAAACAAAAAACAACCAAAACUAAACCAAAACCAAUAAACACCGCAUGCGCAGUAGCGAAAAAAGAUGCACGCCCAGCAGCCUUAUUUUCUAUGCAAGCGCAGCAUUAGAGGGGAGGGGAAGGCGGUCACAUGAGCAGUGCGAACCGUCUCUAAAAUGGCCGCUUACUUGCAGUGGCGCCGGUUCGUCUUCUUCGACAGGGAGAUGGUAAAGGAGCCACUGGGGACGGAUGGGGCCGGGGGAAAGCCCUUCGCGCUUCCCCCAGGCAUCACGGUCUGCGACUCGGGCCGGGGAAGCCUGGUUUUUGGAGAUAUGGAGGGUCAAAUUUGGUUUCUGCCUCGCUCCCUUCAGCUCAGUAGUUUUCAAGCUUACAAGCUUAGAGUAACACAUCUGUAUCAGCUGAAGCAGCACAGCAUCUUGGUUUCUGUUGGUGAGGAUGAAGAGGGUAUUAACCCCUUGGUUAAGGUUUGGAACCUGGAAAAACGAGAUGGUGGCAAUCCUCUGUGCACACGAAUUUUCCCAGCCAUACCAGGUAACAAGCCCACAGUUGUAUCCUGCCUAACUGUCCAUGAGAAUCUUAAUUUCAUGGCUAUUGGUUUUGCAGAUGGGAGUGUUGUACUUACAAAAGGAGACAUCACUAGAGAUCGGCAUAGUAAGACCCAGAUCCUACAUGAAGGCAGUUAUCCUGUUACUGGCUUAGCUUUCCGACAGUCUGGUAAAACAACGCAUCUGUUUGUGGUGACCACAGAAAACAUCCAGUCUUACAUGCUGUCAGUGAAAGACUAUCCUCACCUGGAGCUGGAUACGCAUGGUUGUGGACUGCGCUGUUCGUCUCUCAGUGACCCUUCCCAGGAUCUCCAGUUCAUUGUGGCAGGAAAUGAAUGUGUGUACCUUUAUCAACCGGAUGAGCGUGGCCCCUGCUUUGCCUUCGAGGGACACAAGCUGAUUGUGCACUGGUAUCGGGGAUACCUCAUCAUUGUCUCCAAGGACCGAAAGACUUCUCCAAAGUCGGAGUUUGCUGGGAAUGAGGCACAGAAUUCUGACAAACAAGUCCUGAAUAUUUAUGACUUGUGUAAUAAAUUCAUUGCAUACAGCUCAAUCUUCGAUGAUAUAGUGGAUGUCUUAGCAGAGUGGGGUUCUCUCUAUGUGCUGACCAGAGAUGGGAAGAUUCAUGUUCUGCAGGAGAAGGAUACACAAACCAAACUUGAGAUGCUCUUCAGAAAGAACUUAUUUGAAAUGGCCAUUAACCUUGCCAAGAGCCACCACUUGGACAGUGAUGGUUUGUCAGAGAUUUUCCGGCAGUAUGGUGAUCAUCUGUAUAAUAAGGGAAACCAUGAUGGAGCCAUACAGCAGUAUAUCCGAACUAUAGGGAAGCUGGAACCCUCUUAUGUUAUUCGGAAGUUCCUGGAUGCUCAGCGUAUCCACAAUCUCACCGCUUAUUUGCAGACGCUGCACCUGCAGUCCCUGGCCAAUGCAGACCAUACUACACUUCUGUUGAAUUGCUAUACUAAACUCAAAGACAGUUCCAAACUGGAGGAGUUCAUUAAGACAAGCGAGAGCGAGGUCCACUUUGAUGUGGAAACAGCAAUCAAGGUGCUUCGUCAAGCAGGUUACUACUCCCAUGCCGUGUACCUGGCAGAGAAGCAUGCGCAUCAUGAAUGGUACCUCAAAAUCCAGCUAGAGGACAUCAAAAACUACCAAGAAGCUUUGCGCUAUAUUGGAAAGCUGCCUUUUGAUCAGGCAGAGAGUAACAUGAAGCGAUAUGGGAAAACCCUGAUGCACCAUGUCCCUAAUGAGACCACAGAAUUGUUGAAGGUCCUUUGCACUGAUUACCAGCCAGCAGGAGACAAUGAAGGCCCUGGGAUGCUGGAUGGAAAAAAGGCUAAUUCAGAGGAGUUCAUUCCAGUCUUUGCCAACAACUCCCGAGAACUGAAGGCUUUUCUGGAGCACAUGACUGAGGUGCAGGCUGACUCUCCACAAGGUGUCUAUGACACUUUACUGGAACUUCGACUCCAGAACUGGGCACAUGAACAAGAUGAGCAGAUCAAGGAGAAGCUGCACAUUGAAACCCUUACCCUUCUGAAGAGUGGAAGGUUCAAAACAGUGUUUGAUAAGGCCUUGGUCUUGUGUCAGAUGCACAAUUUCAAGGAUGGUGUCCUCUACCUCUAUGAGCAGGGCAAACUUUUCCAACAGAUCAUGCACUAUCACAUGCAGAAUGAGCAGUACAAGAAGGUGAUUGAGGUGUGUGAGUUGUAUGGAGACCAAGAGGCGUGUCUCUGGGAACAGGCUCUCGGCUAUUUUGCCCGAAAAGAGGAGGACUGCAAAGAGUAUAUUGCUGCGGUGCUGAAACACAUUGAGAACAAGAAUCUUAUGCCUCCGCUGCUUGUUGUGCAGACACUAGCUCAUAACUCCACAGCCACACUGUCUGUGAUUAAGGAUUAUCUUGUCAACAAGCUGCAGAAGCAGAGCCGUCAAAUAGAGCAGGAUGAGCAGAGAAUUCAAAAAUACCGUGAAGAAACAACAAGGAUCCGCCAGGAAAUAGAAGAUCUAAAAUCAAGUCCCAAGAUCUUUCAGAAGACCAAGUGCAGCAUUUGCACCAGUGCCCUGGAGCUGCCCUCAGUCCACUUUCUAUGUGGCCAUUCCUUCCAUCAGCAUUGCUUUGAAAGCUACUCUGAGAGUGAUUCUGAAUGUCCUACUUGCAUGCCAGAAAACCGCAAAGUAAUGGACAUGAUCCGAGCCCAGGAUCAGAAGAGAGAUCUGCAUGAUCAGUUUCAGCAUCAGCUCAAGUGUUCCAGUGAUGGCUUCUCCGUUGUGGCUGACUACUUUGGUCGGGGCGUCUUCAACAAGCUCACCAUCAUCACGGACUUGCCAGCAGGAAAGGCAGCGACCACCAUUGAGGCUGGCUUGCAGCGGGAGCUGCUCAUCCACACCAAGCGCAGCACCUGACUCAGUCCGCGUCACUGCGCCCCCGGGGGUGUAUGGGGUCCCCGGGGUUUCUUCGGGUCUCUCCAUGCGGGCUAUGGGCUGUCCCCUCUCAUGCUGCUCUGUCCCUCGGACCCCAAUAAACCGAACGAGCCGGGCAGUGCCGCGAAUGCUGGGGGACUGGGCCUCUAGCUAGGCGCCGGUCACGCGGGCAGUCGGAUGUGACGUUAGGUGGGAGGUGCCCCGUGGCAGUGAGAGGCUCUGAGGGCGGGCGGAGUAAUGGCUGAGCCGGGGCGAGAACGGCGUGGGCGGCAGAGCGGUCCGCGUGGGCACCCGCCGGAGCCAGCUGGCCCGAGUUCAGACCGACAGCAUAGUUGAAAUG